AUGAGGUAUUCAUACGUUUUCUCUGCCGUUGCGGCCUUCGCCGUGGUCGGAGCUCAAGACAUCGACUUCGCUGGAGUUGAUGCUACGCCUGACCCAGUCAUCAACAUCAUUCCCGGCUUGAAGGAACAAGCAGUUCCUUUCGAAGUAACUGAGGCUAUUGCGGACGUCGUCUCCGAGGUCGUCGCUGAUCCUCUCGAUGUCAAGCCUGUGUCUGAGCCUUCGGCCGUACCGGAGAUCAAGAAGCAUCUGAGGCGUGGGGCCUGCGACCCUGAGCCCAGCAACCCCAACACUUACGGCUUCGACCUGUCGUCUGCUAGCAAGUUCCGCGCCGACUCCAAGAUCGCAUCUGUGGCCAAGGGUGCUUCCACACCCUCCGGAUACUUCAACACCUUCACCAACUUACAAGGUGCCAGCAGUGCCUACGGAUACCUUGGCUACAAGGUAGUCGAGACCUACGACCCCUCUCACUGCGCAUCUGAGUGUAAUUCCAAGGAUGGAUGUCUCGGCUUCAACAUCUAUGUUGAACGCGACCCUUCGGCAAACCCAGGACCCGAAUGCCGAGACCCCGAAGCUGUUGCCAACAUCAAGUGCUCGUUCUGGGGCGGACCAGUCUACACCGACACUGCCAACAACAACGGACAGUGGCGAGAACAGUUUGAGGUCGCCAUCGCUGGAAGCAACGGCUACUCGUCUCUCACGACACAGUCUGCUGAGGGUUACAAACAAGUCGAGCUCAAGAACAAUGCGAUCAACUCUCCUCUCGACUGCAACAAGCAAGGCUCCUACAUGGGUUACAAGCUCUUCGUCCAGCCCGCAUUCGAUGCCAAGCUCUGUGCAGCUGCCUGCAAAGAGCAGAACAAAUGGGCAACUGAACACCCACCUGCUGAUGGCAAGCCGCAGUUGUGCCGCUACUUCAACACCUACAUUCUGCUCAAGAACGGUGUCUCGCAGGGUCAAUACUGCUCCAUGUACACUCAGGAGUGGGAUGCUUCCUUCGCGACGAACGAUGGCCAAUACCGCGGCGACGAUCACUACACCAUCCAGUACAGCUUUGGGUUCACCGAUGAGAGCGAUGAUGGUGUACCUGUCUGCCCCAGCGACAUCUCAUACCUCAAGUCAAGCGGCGAUGAGUUCUGCAGCAGCUACAUUGGCUACUCCCAGCCGACUACAACUGCGACCGCUACCGCUACUAUCACACCAGCUCCCCAGACUGCUACAAUCACAAGGACCGUGACAAGCACCUCCACUUCUGGAAUUGCGAUCGUCACGGCGGCCAAGUUCAACGGAAGACACGCCAGACGCGCGGAUAACAGCACCGAAGUGACCAACGACGUCGUUGUCGACCCUUACGAGAUCGCAAUCGUAGCCGUCAAGACUCUCUCGCACGAGGACGACCCAAGCAUCUCAAAGCUCAACGAUACCAUGGCAGCAGAGCUCAACAGGGCCGUUGAGAAGCGUGACCUCGUAACACCGGCUUCUAUCGCAGCUUGGCCCACCAGCAAGAUCUCAGCAGCUUGCUCUCAGGUCGCCACCGGCACCGUCACGACCACUCAAACCAUUACUACUACUGCCGCGACCUUUUUCGCGACCGAGACAAAGGACUUCCAGACCGUUGUUGUCGUCCAAAGCACCUGCAACGUUCCCGCACCCAGACCAACAGCCCCUUCAUACACCAGGAUCGCAGGCGGCGACCCAUCAGAGGGCGUGCCCAUGGUACCCGGCCCCGCAGACCGCCCCUACUUCAACGAAUACUUCACCCUCAACCUGCCUUUCGCUGUCAAGAUCUUCCAAACCUCAUCCACGCAGAUCGGCAUCACUACCGGGGGUGUCAUCACAGUGGGAGAUUACGUGUUCAAUGCUUUCGCGGAGCAAUUCUACAUCUACGGAGGCUGGAGACACGGUAUGUUCUACCGUGUUGAUGGCGAUAUUGGCGCUCGCAAGAUCCACUUCUCCUGGUUUGCGGGUACUAUUAUGUGGGGUCAUGAGCGCUUCCACGUUACGGCCAUGUUCGACGAGGCUAAGCCUGGUGUUCUCACCACUAAGGUCUUCGACACUGUAGGCCAAAUUGAUAACAGACGCACCAUCUCUGUUGAGGGUGCCGGCAAGAACGUCGUCUUCGCUCAGUGGGGAUCCACCAACGUCCACGAAGGCCAGGAAAUUACUUUCGAUACUACCAGUGCUGGAAGUGUCUCUGCCAAGGACUUCGAUCGCAUCGACUGCUGUACGAAGACAGGCUGGGAGUGGCAUGUAUGCUCUGAGGUCUAA